AUGGAAGCAGAGGGGAGGGCUGAGCAGGGUCAGCAAAAAAAGGGGCUAGUUUGCAGCAGCCUCUGGCCCGAGAGCUGCCCAGCCGCUGGGACUCAGACCUCCACGGCGGACAUGAGCACUCAGCCCUACAGGAACCUCUCCGGUGUAGGAGUGGGGAGACCAAGGCUUUCCCCUCAAGGAGGACAGAGGGGUCACCCACAUUCCCGGCGCCGCCACCGCACCACCUUCAGUCCAGCACAGCUGGAACAGCUGGAGUCAGCCUUUGGGAGAAACCAGUAUCCUGACAUUUGGGCCCGAGAGGGCCUUGCCCAGGACACAGGUCUCAGCGAGGCCAGAAUCCAGGUCUGGUUCCAAAACCGCAGAGCUAAGCAGAGGAAGCAAGAGCGGUCACUGCUCCAGCCACUGACCCAUCUAUCUCCUGCCACCUUCUCUGGUUUCGUGCCCGAGUCCCCUGCUUGUCCCUACUCCUACUCAACACCAUCUCCACCAGUGACCUGUUUUCCUCACCCCUACAAUCAUGCCCUUCCCACUCAGCCCUCUACAGGUGGUUCUUUUGCUCGACCCCAUCAGUCUGAAGACUGGUACCCCACCUUGCACCCAAACCCCGCUGGUCAUCUGUCCUGUCCCCCACCCCCAUCCAUGCUUCCCCUCAGCCUUGAGCCACCAAAGUCCUGGAACUAAGGUCAAAUAAGUGCUGAUAAGGUAAUUCCCCAGACUGCCGCCCUCGUGAAACACAGAGAAAACUAGGCGACUUCCUUUCCUUUUAAGGCUAAAGUAGAAAUAUGUCGAGGGGCAGCUCUGAGGUUGGGAACUGAACAACGGGAGAUCAUGAUGAAGACUCACUGGGGUGAUUAACUGCGAGAAUUUAGGGAGGUGAACCUACUGGAAGAUACACGUACAUCUCCAUGGAGGUGACUGGAGGGAGGGUGGUACUGAUGGAAGCAAUUGUUGCUGCUGGUGGAUGAAGAUGGUUGAAGGAGAGAACUUACCGGGCUUCAUUCAUUGAGAUCAUGAUUAAAGGUCUUCAUCCCAGCUGUGUCUAGCUGAUUUCAAGAACAAAAGUCAUUAACUUUUGUUCAUUCUGUCCUAGAACUAUCUCUUGAAUUUAUUCUUCUCAUUUCCACUCCAGUAGACACUUUGCUUUUUCUGGCCCCAUAUUUUCUAAUUAUGUUCAUUGAUUCCCUUAGCUCCAGUCUUUCCCACUUCCUACAGACCUUGCAAAUCCAA